AUGAAGCAACCUCAAAGCCAGUCAGGCCUUGGCCGACGCCUUGUCGCACAACUUCGUGCGCCCACAGCGGCACAGGAAGUGCGAAAUGUGGCGCUGCAGCUGCUGGAGCCCGGAGUUGUGACUCGAGCAAAGGAUGGCACUGCCGUCUUGGCAGCUUUUGCGAGGCACCGGCUUUGGACAGAGGCUUUGGCGCUCCUGAGCUCUCUUGGAGGAGGCGGCGCAGUGGACACAGGGCUGUGCAACGCCUGCAUUGCGGUCUGCGGCAAGGCAAGCCUCUGGGCAGUGGCCACGUCGCUGCUUUGCAGCAUGCCUGCCUUCCGCUUGUCUCCCGAUGUCAUCUCCUUCGGAGCUGUGUUGAGCUCUUUGGAGAAGGUCGGCGGAUGGCAGCGCUCCUUGCAGCUGCUCUCAGACAUGCCGGCUGCGCAGGUGAGGCCCAAUGUGGUGACGUUCAACUCGGCGAUCAGCGCGUGCCAGAAAGGCAAGAACGAAGAAGCAGUGCUGUCACUGCUGGAAUCCCUCGACACAGCUGGCAUUGAGCCAGACAUUGUUACGUUCAAUGCAGCGCUGAGUGCCUGCCACCGCUGGGACCAGGCAAACGAGCUCCGCACCGAACUGCGACGACGAGGUCUCGUUGAGGACAUCUACACCUUGAACUCGCUCCUGACUGUGGCAGAGCGAUGCCGUCGAUGGGACUUUGCGUUGCAGCUGCUAGAGGAGAUGCCUUCUCUUGAGCUGAACCCAGACGUUGUGUCAUUUAGCACGGCCAUUUCCGCCUGUGAGAAGGGCCUGCGCUGGGAGAUGGCCUUGGCACUGCUGAAAGAGAUGGGUACCCACAAGGUGAAUCCCAACGCUUUCACCUUUGGUGCGGCUGCGAGUGCCUGCGAAGCGUGCCACCAAUGGGAGCUUGCGAUGGUGCUGCUGGCGAGCGCUGCAAAGCGCAAUAUUGCCACCAAUUCCGUCCUUUGCGGCGUGCUGCUGAGUGCUUGCGCUCGCGGCGCAUGCUGGGUCGAAGCCCUGGAAGUGCUGCAAGAGAUGCGGGGUCUGGGAGUGCCCACGACCGUUGUUGCUCAAAAUGCUGCGCUUUCUGCCUUGGCGGCUGCAGGGGCCUGGCGCCAUUCGCUUUCUCUAGCCUCCGCCCCUUUGGAUUCGAGCACUUCGCCUUCGCUUGACACGGUGGGGUUUGCCGAAGUGGUCAGGAGCUGCGCCGCGGCUUCGAAGUGGCAGCUAGUACUUCAUCUGGCACACGAGACGGAGAGUGUCUGGAAUGUUCGGCCUGACGCUUCGACGGUUGCCUUGGUGGCAGAGUCCAUCCUUGCAGUGGAUCAAGCCGGUCACCUGCCUCGACUGCUUGUGAUGGCCGAGGCGACGCUUCUCAGCCUCGAGGGUGGACCACGGACUCGCGUCCAGCAAGCCGACCCAGCUGUCAUUUUGAUGGACAUGCUGUGUGAGGUUGGCGCAGCAUCUUCCUUGUGCCAAUCGGCCUUUCGCCGAUUUCGCUCAGUCGCUCAAACGGGCAUGGCAGCGAUUGCGGCCGGCAGUCAGCAGGACGUCGGCUCGCUGCUGCAGGGCUCCGCUUUGGAAGAGUCGUUCAGUCUGGGCGCCGACUUGACAGCCUCCUUCUUCGGGUCGACUGGAAGCUGGCUUCCUGCCGCGCGCCUGGCCUCUCGGAGCCGCACCUCGCAGAGCACAGGCCUGAUCGAUCAGGCUGAGGACCUGAUGGCAUCAGCUGUGGUAGCAUGGAGCGAGGAGGCGCUUGUAAGAACACGUCGAGGUCGAAUGGUCGGUCAGGGAGAUGAUUAUGCGGUGAAACACCCACCGAGGUUACUUCCGGUCUUCUCAGGGCACGACCGCUCUUCCCAUGCCGAGCGGCAGGCACUGCUCCAGAUCCUACGAGGACAUAGCAAGACGGCAGAUGAUGGCAAACUUGCAACGCAAAGCUUCGCAUACCAAGAAACUGCCAAUCCUUCUGGGCUCGCAGCUUUUGACAUCCCGGGACUAGACAUAGAGCCUACGGUCUGCGCGGUGCAGGCGCGUGGAAUGUCGAAAAACAUAUUGGGCAGAGGCAAGGGAGAUCGGAAAAGAGAAGAGGGCAAUUUUCAAUCACUGCAAAAAGCAGCCACGCAAAGGAUUACGCAGGUUCAAGAAGGGAGCCUGAGCAUCGUGGGCAAGAGAUAUCUUGAUGCUGUGAAGGUGCCAGAGAGUUGCAAUGGCAGCUCCAGGCAGGCCGUGGAGUUGUAUAGAGCCCGUCAGCUGGGUCAGCGAGGCCCUUCCGACUUCCACCAAGUGAGAAUUUUCCUGAGCUUGCGUGAGCUUCUGAGAGCCCAUGCCUUGCGCCCGCUGGCCCAGCCCGGCCUGCCGCCGCGGGCCGAGAGGGGGGGAGAGGAUGCGGGGGGGAUGAGGGAUGUCAGCGAGUCGGAGAAUCAGGUCAGUGCAGUUCCUCGCAUGGAGGCAGGCUCCAGUGAUGGCUGCUCCCCCGGUGCAGAGGAGGAGGCAGGAGGCAGCCGGCCUUUGCGCUUCAUAUUCUCCAUAUCCGAGGAACGUUCUGCGAGAAGGCGCUGGAUUGUUGAGAUCCGAUGCGUAACUCGUCCGCACCAGUUCGUCCUUAGCUUCAAGCGCCAUGCUGGCGAACCACGCCGUCGGUCAGCAAUGCUUUGUCCAGCGUUGGCAGUGGCCUUUUUCUUCGCCUUCAUGGGUUCUCCAACAAGCUUCAUUGCCCCAGCAAAAGGCGAAAAGGCAAAGACCCGCCCUUUGCUACCAGAUGCAGGGCUUGCAAUGGCAACUGCCGGGGCUACAUUUCAGGCAGGUCUAAGUCCAGCACUAGCUCAGCAAGAGGCCUUUGUUUUUUUCGGCAAGAGCUCUGCAGACCUGUUCCCACUGUCAAAUCUGAGCAUAUUGACGUGGCUGCUGUUGAUCUUCGCCCCGGGCUGGGAGUACACAAAGUCAGCUGCGCUGAUUGCUCCUGUGGUCAAUGCCGUGCUGUAUGUCACCGUUCUGACCUUCUUGAUCACCCAUCCACCGCCAGAUGCGCCAGCUGUGGAUUUUGGUAGCCUGAGCUCCAUUGUCACUGCGUUCCAGAAUCCCGAUGGUGUCUUCGCGGGCUGGCUGCACUACUGUGUCUUUGAUCCGCUGGUGGGACUCGGUGAAGUGGUCGACAGCCAACAAAACAAAGUCCCACACUUUCUGGUGGUGCCGUGUCUCAUUCUGACUUUGCUGUUUGGGCCGAUGGGGUUUCUACUUUACUUGGCCAUCAGAACACUGACCAUUGCUUCACGUUUGAAUGGCCUGCUUGUCAUCGUCGUGUUUGCCACCAGUUUCGCCCCGCUCCGUGUUGCCAUGACACUUCUGGGAAACGAGGAGUCGAGCGGAGCCCGGAGCUUGAUGCGACGAGCCUUGACCUACGAUGACAGCCAGGACGAGGACAGCGGAGCUGACGAAGCUGAUCCCGAGUCCGGCACAGAGUCCGAGGAUGCAGAUACCGAGAGCGACGCCAAGGCGAUGGUGCCCGCCGCUUGCGAUAGUGGCGGCGAAACAACGUAUCGCAGUGCCCUGGCUGCAAGUGCAUGGCAAAGAUACCUGCAUUGGGCCGCAGACUGUCAUUGUCAAAUGCUGUCAGUGAAGGGAGGCCCUCGCACCUUCGAGGUCGAAGCUCCAACUCAGGUUCCUUUCACACUGUCGCUGCGCAUGCGGUGGACUGGGGACAGUCCGCCUGAUCUGCAGCCGAACCCCGUCGCCAGCCGGCAGGUCGUAGGUGUUGUCCAAUUGUGCAACCUUAGCUUCUCACUCCUCUCCAUCGCCUGUGCUUUCCUGUCCUUUUUGAUGGGAAACACGUGGAAGGUGCAGCCGAGUGUAAACCUGCAGUGUUUUUGCGUAGCUAAGGCCUGCAUCAUCUGCUGGACGAUCGAUCCGGAGUCUGGGAUAUGGUUCUAUCAAGGCCUGGAUGGCCAGCCACCGCGCAUUGCUGCUUGGUGGACAGACAUAGCCUUUAGCUUCGCAGUACUGCUGUCCGCUGUCUACACAGUAAGCUUCGAGAAACCGGCAUUGAUGCGCAUGGGGAAUGUUAUCACCUAUGAAGAAUACGGUGCUGAUGGAGGUUCCGGCACUGUGAACCUUUUCACUUCCGACACCCAGCUCAAUGAUGGAGAGUACCACGAGGCUUUAUCAGAUAGUCUUCUUGCAGCAUCAAUGUUUUGCCACGCUCUGAUAGCCGUGACGUUCCAAGGCAACAACUUCCAAAACGUCGACCUUCCAGUGGGUGAAGAACACAGUGUCCUACAACAAGGCACGGUGGCCAGCCAAGCGUGCGACUUUUCUUCGAUAGAGCUCUGGCACUUACAGGCAGACCCGAACAAUGGCAAAUGGGCCUUGAAGGGGGAGGACCUGAGUGCUAAUGACUUCCCCGACAGCAAGACUGCUUGCGAGGCAUCGAGGGAGGAUUGA